UAAUCUUGCAUACUACCGAGGGAAUAUCUAUUUGUCAUAAUGGAUUCAUUCAUAAUUUUAAUUAAAUAAAAAAACUUAAUUUGGCAUUAUUCUGAUCGAAAAUUGUUCUAACACCAUGCAUUAUGGGAAAUGGAGUUAUUCGCUAAGAGUUGUGGGAUACCAAGCUCCCGGUCGGUGUAUAUGUAUGGUGAUGCGGAUUAUAAUUUCGUUUGCGACGUUAUAUAUUUAAAAUAAAUUUAAUCAAAUUCUCGAUUUAGUAAUUAUUAAACAAAUUAUUUAAAUCGUUUAGAAAAAUCUCAAAUUUAAUAAGAUCUAUCGUAUACUUCGGGUUUUGUGUAUUCCCAGUUAGAAGUGGCAAAGUGGGUUGGGUGAUGUUACUUCCUAAUAAGAAUACCUUUAUAAAGUUUAUAUAUUUCUUUAACUAGUCAUAACAUUAAUUUAUUAUGCAAGAAAUGUAUUUGCCGCGAGUGAAUAUGUUGUGAAGUAGAAUUAAUAAUUAAUACGAUUGGAAUGAAUGUAAUUAUGGAGGAUAGGAAGAGAUCAGCUGUGGAUCCGAAAGAAGAAGUAAAAAAACUUCAGGACUUAGUAAAAAAGUUAGAACUUCAAAAUCAGCAAUUGAGAAAUAGACAAAAUAGGAAUACAAUCGUGCCAAAGGAUAGUAAUAUAAACAUGGCAAGGAUGAUGACCGGUAAGAAAACCAUUCACGAACCUAAUCGCUAUGGGAUUUUAACAAAUAAGAACAGCCAGACUUCACCAAAUAAGUGUGAGAAGAGAAAAAGUUCUACUUUAGAAGAAGUAACUCUUAUCGAUAUUGAUGAUAUGGAGCUGUCUGAAGAUGAAUCAUGGUUAUACACAUCUCCAAAAAGUUUGCCUCCUGAAGAAGAAACACUUAGUCCAUACAUCUGGUUACGGAGAGAUGUUGAAGAUCCCUGCAAUAAAGAAUUACAAUUGGCAAAAAAAGCACUUUUAAAUAAAUUGGAUGAAUUAGCUGUUUUGACUCCAGGGCAAGAUCAGUCCAAAAAGCAAUCAAUUUCUAGGAUACAAAAACCUAGAGAAAUUCCUAUCAGAAGACAAAGUAUUGGCCAGCCUCGUGUCUUUGAUUCUCGCACUUUUACUCGCUCAAGAAAAAAGAGAAAUUCAAUUGAAUUACCUGUGAUAGAACCUCUUGAUUUUACUGAUGCAGCUGAGAAGGAUAUAUCUACAGAAAAAUCUAAUAGUUCUACCUUAGAGAAGGAUCUCAGUAUGUCAAAAAUUUUAAAUUUGACAGAUGUUAGUGAAGUUCAAGAAAUAGCACGAAUGCAAGAAGAAAGUUUAAAACAAGAUUUUUCAAUAAGUAAAAGGCAUUCAGACAGUUUUUCUGGGAGAAAAUUUUCUGUGUCUUCUCGUAGUUCUAUAUCAGAUAUUGAAAAUCAAGAAAUUACAACCAAAUUGUAUUCUGAAGAAUCACUUCUAUCUACGAAAACUUCAAGAAUUCCUACUGAUCAAAGCAGUGCAUCUGAUUAUUCAAGUCCUCCAGACAGUCCAUAUAGUUCUAGUAUGUCACUUAAUACAGGAAGCAAUACAGAUUCUGGACAAACCAUUUCCUCUCAACCAUUAGCAUAUAAUGGAGUAAAACAUUUGAGGAAUCAACAAUUUAAUAGUCCGAAACUAAUUCAGUAUAACAUUUCAAAGUCAAGUUCAAAUAUUCAAAGAUUUGAUUCUAAAAUAAUUCCACCUUCACAGAAGUACAGAGAAAAAAGUUAUUCUGCUCCUUCAUCAAGAAUCAAAUCCACAAUUCCUGCACCAGCUAUUAAUUCUGGUUCUACACAAAAUUUGGAUCACAUCACUACACAUAAUUUAUCUUCGGGAUUUUCUUCAGAAACAAUACAACAGUCUUCCCAUACAGGUUUAAGAAAACCUACUGUAUAUCGACCAAGUAAAACUAUUUCAAAACCAAGGUCAGGAAUACCAAUUAAAUCAAGACAAAGUAUGAGAAAUGCAAUGGAUGAUGAUUGGAGUGAAGGAUGUUUUUAAAUAUAGGCAUUAAAUUAUUAAUUGUUUUAUCACAAUAAUAAUAAAUAGUUUUUAUAAUGAUAUAAAAUAGUAAUGAUUUAAUAAAUUUUGAAAGUAAAAUUUAUUUAAAAUUAAUUAUAUCUAAAUAUUUUUUUUAAAAACUUAUAAGAAUAUUUUUAAAAUAUUUAGAAAAUUAAUGCUAUAUAUUUUUUCCAAGGAAGGAAAAGGUUUUGCUCUUUUGAGAAAAGAAACAUGUCAGCAAAUAAUUAAAAACAUCUCUGAUAUGAUUAACUUUUGAUAUUAUCAAAUAUUCAAAUUAUCAUUUGCAAAAAUGCAAAUUAUUUGUUUUAAAAUUAAAAGUUUUAUGAA